AUGUCUGCUCCAGAAGCAGACGCAGCGCGCGACAAUGCGCCCUCAGCGGCUCAGCUAGCCCUCCCCCCAACGCUCAGCCGAGCAACCUCCACCUCUGCCCUUUCCGUCGUUUCCGUCGAAUCAAGCCUUCAGAGCUCGCCUCGGCGCUUGCUUAGCUCUCGGACUCUAGCAGCGCUCCCUCAGCUGGUAGCACACGACGGAGGGCUAGUCAAGGCUGCCGAGGGGAGCGCAACGGGCACGCCGUCGUCUAGUCGUCCGAGCUCUCUGUUCGGGCUGGCGGUUGGAGGGAGUCCUCGUUCGACCCCUUCGAGGAAGGGCAAGGAGAGGGCGUUGCCGACUGACUUGGAAGGAGGGGAAGGGGCGGCUAACGUGGAGGUAGGAGCUGCUGAAGCACUCAGGCGGAUGAAGAGGGGGAAAGGCGGCAUAUCAGGUCCGAAAGAUGGCGGGCCUGAGGCCGAUAUAGUCGCUUACGAUCACGACCGGAUACGAAACACCCGCCAGUACUUUGUCCUCACUGACGCUGGAAAGCCUGUCUUUCAAUCACAUCCAGAGCUAAACGAGAACUCAGCUACUGACCUCUCGGGCGUGGCUCAGACCCUGAUCUCCAUCUUUGCAGGCGAGAACGACAAGAUCCGGUGCAUCAAUAGAGGCCGGCAUAGGAUAGCGUUCGUGCUCCGCUCUCCGCUGUACUUCUUCUGCGUGAGCGACUGGGGCGAACCGGAACAUAUAUUACGAAUCCAUCUCGAUUAUGUACACCUCCAGAUCUUGUCUGUGGUGACCUCGACCCAGCUGUCCAAGGCUUUUCAAAGACGGAGCAACUUUGACUUGAGCCGACUACUCGAGGGGACUGAGAACUUUCUACAUCACCUGAUAGAGGGCGCGCAGUACGACUUCAACUUCAUCACCUCUACUCUGCAGCCGCUGCGGAUGAACCCCGUCCUUCGUGAGGCGGCCGCAGCUUCGCUGAUACCGCCUGCCAAGUUUAGAGACCUGCUAUAUGUCCUCCUCAUAGCAGAUGGACAUAUCGUCACUCUUCUCCGCCCGAAGAAGCACUCCAUACACCCCUCAGAUCUGCACCUCUUGCUGAACAUGCUGGCCUCAUCCCAAUCCCUCCGAUCGACCGAGACCUGGAUCCCCAUCUGUCUUCCCAAGUUCAACCCCGCCGGCUUCGUACACGCCUACAUCAGCUACGUGUCCGCCAGCCUGGGACUGGUCUUCGUCAGCGCCGACCGGGAGGCCUUCGAGGAGCUUCGCGCAUGGCGAGCUAGCGUCGUCCAAACUCUGGAGAAGGAAAAGACGCUGCUCAAGAUUGAGCAGUCUAUCCCUCAACACUCGUAUGAUGUCUCGACCCUAGCCUGUCCAGGCUUGCUGCACUUUAUCUACAAGUCCCGACAGCUUGUGCAGAUUACGAUGCCGGAGUGGGCGGAGCCGUAUCAUACAGACGGGCAGGACAGGCGAAGAGUGAUCACGAUGUAUCAUCGCCUACAUGACGCGGUACAUGCUCGUUCGGGCCAGUCUGCGCCCUUGAAGCUUAUGUAUAUGCGCACGGAGCAUGAAGCGUAUCUAGCAUGGGUGACCAGACCAUUUGAGCUCUACAUGACUCUUUCUCCGACCUUGUCCAAGUCGGCGGCUGUAGCGGCUGCCAAUACGAUAGCGAAGUGGGUCGCGGCUGAGGAGGGGCGGAUCUUUCUAAAGGAUGCACCUGUGUUCUGA